UGACGUAAUGAAGGACUUUUACUAAAGUUUUGAAAACUGAAUGAGACGCAAGUUUGUGACGUGGACAUGUACAGUAAUUAUAUAGACUAUGGACAUUUGUUCUAUGAGGUAAUUAUCACGCUCGUGGAGUAACCUACAAACUUGUGUGAAGUUUACGUCCCUUGUGAAGCUCCGGUUUUUACGGCGCAUGCGUAGGCGUAGCCAUAUUGGAAGAGGAAAAAGAAUACAGAAAGAGAUACAUUUAACAGACAAGGGCAGAUAACUUCAUUCACAUGAUCAGAGACAGGCUCCUGUACCCUUUCAAAGACCUUGACCCUCGGUAGACCAGGCCAAGGUCAGAGUUGAGGGGUCAUCAUGCCCCAUUCCAAGGCAGGAAGCCUCAAAGAUCCUGAUAUUGCAGGACUCUUCUUUUUCAACGAUGACCCAGAAAAAAUAUUUGUCGACCUGCGAGAAAUUGGUCAUGGAAGUUUUGGUGCUGUGUACUUUGCCAGAAAUAUUGUCAACAAGGAGAUUGUGGCCAUCAAGAAGAUGUCCUACAAUGGGAAACAGGCCACUGAGAAAUGGCAAGAUAUCAUCAAGGAAGUGCGAUUCCUGCGACAGCUUAAACACAGACAUGUUAUAGACUACAAAGGGUGCUAUCUCCGUGAGCACACAGCAUGGCUGGUGAUGGAAUACUGUUUGGGCUCGGCCUCGGAUAUCGUAGAAGUUCACAAGAAACCAUUGAAGGAGAUAGAAAUUGCAGCCAUCUGUCAUGAUGCUUUAGAGGGGCUGGCCUACCUACAUACUCAGGGCAAGAUACACAGGGACAUCAAGGCCGGCAAUAUACUGCUGACAGAAAACGGCACAGUCAAAUUAGCGGACUUCGGUUCAGCCUCUCUGAUAAGCCCUGCCAACUCCUUUGUGGGGACGCCUUACUGGAUGGCACCCGAGGUGAUUCUAGCGAUGGACGAGGGUCAGUAUGACGGCAAGUCAGAUGUCUGGUCCAUGGGUAUCACCUGUAUAGAAUUAGCUGAGCGUAAACCGCCAUUAUUUAAUAUGAAUGCCAUGAGUGCUCUGUAUCACAUCGCCCAGAACGACCCGCCCACACUGGCGGGUGGGGAGUGGUCUGACGACUUCCGCCACUUCGUCGACUCCUGCCUCUCCAAACUUCCCUGUGAUAGGCCUUCCUCCUCUGAGAUUUUAAAGCAUCAUUUCCUAGAGGGGACAGGCCCUAGUAGUGUUAUCAUAGACUUAAUUCAGCGCACCAAAGACGCUGUCCGAGAGCUCGACAACCUCCAGUAUCGUCGCAUGAAGAAGAUUCUCAUGGUGGAUGUGAUUGAGGGCGAGAACAGCUCGAACGGUCCAACAUCAGAUGAUUUUACCACGGACGAUUCUUCCCAGGUCAGUCCUUGUGACCCCUCUCUGGAUGACGACAACAUUGACAGCAGCACGAGUAAGUCGAGCAGUAUGACGAGUCAGCAUUCGAUGCCCAGUAGUAACCUCAGUAGCAAGUCGAGUAGCCAGAGCAGUCUCCAGGGCAUCUCCACCGAUGAUAGUGCGUCCACCUUCCCCCGUGAACGCAGCCCGCCUCCUACUCUUCAGUCCUACAUUCUACAGGACUGGUCCCUGCCUCACAGGUCGAGUUAUUACAGCAAUGUCCAUCCCAACAAGAUGUUUCAGUCUCCCCUGCUCUUUCUCAACCUGCCUUCAAACUCGAGUAUAAACCGCAUGGAGGCUGGUGCCAACAACUUUGCCACGAUCCGGACGACCCAUCUUGUCACAAAACAGAUGAAGGAACACGAACACGCUAACGAUAUGAAGGAACAGUUCACUGGCUACAAGAGAAUGAGGAAGACCCAUCAAAAACAACUACAACAGAACGAGACAAAGUUCCAGACGGAGAUGGAGGAGCACAAACAGAAGCUAGAUAAGGAGUAUGAUAACCUUCGACAGAAAUUCCUCAUCGAGAUGGAGAAAAUCCGAAAGAUGCAGGUUUCAGACCAGGAGAAGAUGGCACGCAAUAACCAGGGCAUGGAGAAGAAACUGGUGAAACAGAUAUCAACGUCACAUGACACAGAAAAGAAGACGUUCUCAACUAUGCAGAAAAAGGAGUAUAAAGUCAACAAGGAGCAGAUGAAGAAGGAGAUUGAUGGCAGCACACCUAAAAAAGAGAGAGAGGACUUGGUGCGGACUCACAAAGACCGCCUCCUUCAGCGCCAGAGAGAGGCAGAGGUCGGACUCGAAAAGCGACACAAAGAUUCCAUGGAAUUUGAAAUCCGCAAGUUCCGGCGACGAAAACUUGUGCAAUACCACCAAAAAGAGGAGGAGCAUUUAGCCGAGGAGCUGAGUAAGCGACAGGCCCAGCUGGAGAUGGAGCAUGCCAUGCUGCUGCGUCAUCACAGCAGCACGCAGGAUCUGGAGUAUCGCCAACUUCAGACGCUACAAAAGCUGCGCGACGACCACCUCAAAAAACAGCAUCAGACAGAACGAGACAAUCAGAAGGAAUACAAUGCACAUGAAGAGCAGAACCUCCGUAAGAAACAUCUGCUGGAACAUAAGCAACAGCCCCGCAGUCUUAAGCAAAAGGAGGUAUUGAUACGAAAACAGUUCCACGAAGCCGUACAGACACAGAGGAGACAGUACAAGGCACUCAAAGAACAUAUACUGCAAAAUACACCUAAAAAUGAGCAGAAGGCUGUCGUCAAGAAACUCAAGGAGGAACAGGUCCGCAAACUCAACAUCCUGGGGGAACAGUACGAGGCCAGUAUAGCCGAGAUGCUUCAACAGCAAAAUAUGCGACUGGACGACUCACAGGAGACAGAAGCCCAACAACUCAAACAACGACUGCAGCAGGAGCUAGAGUUACUAAUGGCUUACCAAAGCAAGAUCAAAAUGCAAACAGAAGCCCAGCACCAGCGAGAGCGCAGACAGCUUGAGGAACGCGUCUCUCUCCGGCGCGCCCUUCUAGAACAAAAAAUGGAUGAUGAGAGGAACAAAUUGUCGACAGAGAAGAAAGAAAAAAUUCAUAAUUUAAAAAAGCGACAGGAACACGAUCUUGACGAGUUUGACCAGGAGACCGGAGACAUGGGGAUGAGUCCGAUGGAGGUCGCCCAGGCUUCGCUGGAUACAGCGUACAAUGACGAUGUGUCAAGUUUACGGGGGAGCAUGAUCAGCUUAACGGCUAGUAGCAGUAGCUUCUCAUUCUCCUCACAGACAUAAGUACAUGCUCCUCAGGUGUGAUAAACUCCUGGGGCUAAAAUAUUGAACUCCUGGUGUGUAGACAGCUCCUAAGGUGUGACAACAUGGCCGACUACACCCCUGGGGAGUAUAAUCGUAUAGACUCUCCCAGCCUGCAACUCGUCGACCAUCCACUCCAAGGAUGUGAUUAGGACACAUUGGCUCCUUGGAGGUGGCCACCUGUUGGGACGUCUGUGUGUCCCAACACCGGUUGGGACAUCUGUGUGUCCCAACACGGAAGUUUGCCAGACAGGAGUGAUAAACAUGAUGGCCCCUAUUAGGGACGUUUGGGGCCGAGGGAUCAGUGUGGCCCAUGUUGCUGAUUAUUAGAGCCCCAUUAACGGCCUUUUGUGGCCCCCUAGACUAUAUAGGGAACUUUGCAACCCACUAGAAUCGUGUGAUGGACAGCAUUGGAUGUGAUAUAUGGACGUGAGGGUGUCGUGAUGUAACCCGUACAAAUAUAUGAAUAUAAUUAAUUCUUGGGCGACCACAAGGCCAGUUAUCUCCACUCAGCUUGUGGACGUAGAAUUAUAGACCUUCUGACACACACUAACUCAAUAACGACUUACUCAAAUGUUCACGACUGUAGUUUAUAUGUACAGGUCUCGGUGGUGGCUGAGAGCUUGUUACACGUCACAUAGGGCAGUUUGCCCCUGUUCUCUGAUCACAGGUCGCGCGGAAGGGAACAGACCGCCUACGAUUAUCCGGUGUCGAGUUUCUUAUGUUAUGUGCACACAGCAUAUUGAUCUUGUACUUACCAGCAAUACUAUUAACAAAAAAUCUAGGAUAUUCCAAUUUCAGUCACCCCUUUUAUGUCCUGUACACCCUUCUGUCUAGUGUUAAAUGGGCAAUGCCACUCUGAGAGAUUGGGGGAGGUAGGUCCCGAACACUUAAAUAAUCAUCCAUAACUUGAGUGAUUAACUCACAUGUCAUUAUAUAGUUAUCAAACUUUCUUCAAAUUUUCAGAUCUAUUUUCUUUUUUUUAUUGUAAGCUUACAAUGCUUGUUGAAUAUGUUACAGGCCAUUGUUCAUUGUGAUUGGUGCUUAAAUAUGGGGCUAAAAUACAUCUCUUGUUCAAAAGUAUGAUCAGCUUAAUAUAACUAACAGGAUUUCUCUAAAGCAGUUCUAAUAAGGAAACUUUAACUUCCAAUAUAAAUCGUUCUUCAUUCACUCAAAAUAUGCUGUGAUUAUGCUUUGUGCAUAAUUCUUUUAAGAAUUUUUUGUUUUGUUUUGUUCGUACAAUGGUCACUGCCUGUACCUAUCCCAUAAGUAGUUUUCCAUUAUCCUUUGUACAUCCGGUCGGAGUUUUACAUCUGUCCGUUUGUCCGUUACACACAUAUACUACUAUAAUUAUCGUUACAGUAUAAGUGCAACACGAUCGGACAUAUUUCCCCUUUUCUUUCUGUGUCAAAGCAAUAAAUUAUCGACCAAAAAUGAAAACAUCAUCUAUUACACUGAUUCUAUAUUUGCUAUUAUCAUGGGAAUGUCUAAACAAAUUAUUUGAAAUUUAAUAAUCACAUCCAAUUGUAUUAGCUUGAUUUGAGAAAUAAAUGUGUGAUUUUUAAUCCUUGUUUUACAAUAUAUAUAUGUUUGAUGGUUAUAAAAUCUAAAUUAUUUUUGUUUUCAUUUAAGAGGGGAAAAAAUUGAUUUUAUUUUUAAACUUUUUGUUUUAUAAUAUAACUAUUGAUGUAACAGUGCUUACAGGAUUAAAAUGAAUGUAAAAUUACAUGUUGUCUACCAGUAGGGCUGGAAACAACUGUAUUUGUCAGGUUUUAAGUUUUGUUAAAAUACUCCAUUUACCAAUCAAAAGCUAUUGAGCAUCUGUGAAAGUAGGACUUGAUAGAAUUUGGUGGUAACAUACAUCACAUGAAAAUCCAGCGAUAUCAGGGACAACAGUUCUCAAGGAUGGCUACACACAGGGGCUAGGUAAAUGGAUUUGAAGGAACGAUAUAUAUAAUUGUGAUUAAAUGGCAUUAAAUUCAAUACUGUUAACAGUUACCGAUCCCUGUGAUUUUAAAAAUUUGGCUGCAACAUUUUUUUUUUUUUUUUUAAAUGCCAAUCACAAAAACUGUCAGCUAGUGUUUCUCACCUGUUUCUACCUCAUCAGUAAACAGGUAGACUUGUUACCGGUACAAUUACUUUCAUUGGGAUUAAAAUCCAAAUACAUGCGACACACGACAAGACCAACUGAAGUUUAAAGCGACUACCAAAACUCAAAUCCAGACCAGGUAUUUGUGAAUGGUAGACUUUCAGAAUUGAUUUCAGAAUUCAGAUAAAAAAUUGCAUCAUUACAUAUCCAUUUUACACUACUUGUGAUCGAUGUAGCCGGAGAUCUGUCGGUCCCAUGUCGAUUCGGGUUUCAUCAUUAAGUUGGAUCCAAUACCAGCUUUGACCACAAAUAAUCCCCUCCAGCACCUUUCCUAUUUUUCUGUUUCUGUAUUGAUGACUUUGAAGUUACAGUGAAACCUGACUUAAAUGAAAUGUGUCAGAUUUGAAAGUUUGUCGGUGAAGUCGGUGUCGGCAAUGACAUUGGAGUAUGUCGUCAUUGUGGCGGAUACGGUCAGAUAUUAUAGGGUGUCGUUAAAGUCGGUGGUUUGUCAAGUCGGUGUCGGCAAUGACAGUGAAGCAUGUUGUCGUUCUGGCGGAUAUGGUCGGAUGUUACAUGAUGUAGUAAAAGUCAGUGGUUGGUAAAAGUCAUUGGGCUGGUAAAGUCGGCUGCACUAUACCGUAUCUAUUUAUAACCAAUUAUACACUGAUUAAAUGCCUUCUUGUGCAGUAAAGUAUGAAGAUUCGCCCUUUUUAAAAAAAAAAGAGAAGAUAAAAACUUGACAAACCAUAUGAUAAUCAUUUGGAAUCUUGGAUAAACUGUAACCUGUCCAAUCAGACACCUCGUGACUCAGCAUCUUGGGUUAAACAAGUUGUUGAAAUAUAUGUCUGUCUGAAGCUUUAUGUUGGAUCUGACGAGAUGACAAGAAAUUGGUCACAUAGGACAGGUUUCACUGUACAGCAGGGGAGAUAACUCAUACAUCCCCUCCCUUAAGUACUGGGACGUGAAUCUGUCCAGAGAAAAUCCAUUUAGCUGCUGCCUGUUGCCCCGGUAACAUAUCAACUGAAUUUUAUGAUCCAUUUUAUCAUGGCUACAUAUACUACUCUCUCCCAUAUAUUUAUAUUGAAGCAGUUUCUUGUGUACAAACCAACUCGUAGAGUACCCCCACAGGGAAAAUGGGCGUGUGUUUUAAAGGGUUGCUAUAGUUUUAACCCUGUGUGUACAUGGUGACUGUUUAAAUGUUGACCAAAGUGAGAAGUGACAGAAGGAUUUUUUUUUUUAUGAUCUGUUGCCGAGGUAACGACAUAUUCUGUUAUUAUAAUAUACAAGUUAUUAACGUAUAGACUAUUCAUCAUCCCUCCUGUGAAAAGAAAUCUACUGAGAAACCUGUAUGUCAAGGUUUCUUGUGUACAGUGAAUCCUGUCUAAUCCGAAACCCUGUGACUCGCUGUACAUGUCAGAUUACACAGGUUUGUGUCUGACAAACGGGAGCAUUAUGUAUGAUUUAGAUAAUGUCGGUAUAGUCAGGGGUCGGAUAAGACAGAAUGUCGGAAUACCAAAGGGGUCGGAUUAGGAGGUUUCACUGUACAUGGAUUAUUCUAACAUAAAUAUGUAUGGUACACAGAUACCAAUUCACACUAUGUUUAUAAAUAACAUGGCCAGCCACUCGUCUACCUUAACAGGUAGAUAAAUAUGCAGUCUUCACUCAUGUAUUCCUGGACGGUAGGGAGUUUUAUGAGAAGGACCUGUUUGCCAACUUUUAACAAAUGUGUAUGUAAUAUGAAACAUAGAAUAGAUAUUUAACUCUUGUGAUCAAAUGUAUUUUCAUUGAACAGUAUACAUUGGUAAUAAUAAUGACAACAAUAACAAUAAAAACCCAUUACGAAAUGUU